GAUAAUGAGAGAGGAUUUGGUACUAUGGCAACAUCAGACGUCAAGUCCACAGCAGUGGUUAAGUACAGCUCAAUGAAGACCCCUGUUCAGUUCUCAACCAUCAGACUGAACACUGAUUUGAAUUUCCCUCCUUCUGACAGACAGCGAGCAGGAUGUUAUAUGUUUGGCGAACAGUCUAUGCCUGGUGCUUCCUCAUUUUCCCCAUUCAGCAGUUUAAACAUGGCUAACUCUUACCAAGAUCUGGUUGGCGAAGUGGAUGUCAUCUCAUCAUCUAAGAACAUCAAGGCUUUGCUGAAAAUGCCUUACAGUCAAGCACCCCAGAUCAGCAUCAUGGUACACAGACUGAGGAAAACCCUUCUGCUGGAAGAGUUUGAUGUUCACAAAAACUUGCUGAGAAAAGAAGCUGAACAAUGGAGUUGGUUGAAGUCUUUCUUUAAUACUACUGUGGCCAAAGAGGAGGUUGAAAAGAGGAGGUGUUUGGUGAGUGCAACAAAAAGAGAUUCAUUCACAGAAAACAUCUACCUGAAUCUCAUCAGACACAGCUUUGCAGCGAGUAUUGGAGAGAACCAGAGUACAGCUUUGAACACCACAGAUGGCCACGCAAAGCAAGUGAAUUCUGUCCCUGAAUUUUCAGAGGAUCUCAAGGGCUUUCACCAUGAAACGCUUUGGACGUUUGAGGAUAUCAGUAUGCUCAUUGACAGUGACUUGCCUAUUUUUGGAAGUGGAAGCUCUCCUCGUCCAUGUAUAAGCUUGAGGCUAAAGGAUGCCAGGUCUCCACCCAUCAGUGUUCUGACUGGUCUGGACUACUGGCUAGACAACCUCAUGAGCAAUGUGCCAGAAGUUGCUAUGUGUUUCCAUGUGGAUGGAUUUGUACAGAAAUAUGAAGUUAUUCGGACAGAGGACAUACCACAUUUGAAUGGCUCUAGUUUUGAUCCAGAAGAAGUGAUGGAUAUAGCUCGAAACAUUAUGGCUUUUAUUAAAGCUAAUGCAGCUGUUGAAGGUCACACCUAUUGGUUGUACAAAGGUGAUGAUGAUGAGAUGGUGAAACUGUAUGAUCUUACCGAUUACUGCAAGAGUCAGAUUGUAGAAGGGGAUAACCCUUUCACUGUGCCCGUGGGUCUCUUGUGUCAUCGUGUGGGAACCAAACUGAAGAUGAGUGGCCAGAGGAGAUCGGCGGACUCACGUGCCAUGCUGGAGAACUGUCUCCGACUCCUUGAUGAUACAAAGCACAGCGAGGUUUGUGCUGAAGCUCAUUUUCAUCUCUGUGACAUGUGGGUUCCGGACAGAUCUGUCAAUGACAUAUGGCAUGAAAAGGGCAAAAUCCCAGAUAUGCCUUCUGAUCUGUACGAUGAAGAGAGCACGUCAGAUGACGGUCUUGGACCAGACAAAGGCACAAAUCUAGGCGAUGAGGGUAACUCAGGGAGCAGUAUGCAGGCCAUAGAGCACAAACCAGCAGAGAACACAUCACAGGAGGGGGUGCAAAAUGCUGUAGCUUUAAAGGAACUUGUUGUUCGUGGCAUGACCAAGAAAAAGGCAUGGGAUAUUGUGCAGGCCUGCCGUAUCGCUGGAGAAACUGACGAAAGGUGUAAAAUGGCACUUGGUCACAUUCGCAAGGGUUUGAACUGUGUAGACAAGGAUCAAGCAAGAGGAAAGAAUAUUGGCUUGGUAGAGAAACAACAGACAUGCAGCCCAUCCAAGGCAAUCCCUCUUCAUUAUGCUCCACUCAAUAUCAACACCAAAGAUGAACAAGAGGAUCAGCAAGAGAAUCUCCAUCUUCACCCCACUCACUCUACUGUCAAGGAAGAAUACCAAGGGAUGUGCAAUCCGUCCCAGGCCAUUCCUUUGCACUUCACGCCCCUGAAAACUGCCACAGACAGUCAGGAAAAGCAGAAUCCUUCUUCUCUCAAGACAAACGAUGUCUGUGCAGGGGAUAAAAACGUUGCUGCAGAAUCUAAGAGUGAGAGCUGCAGUUGGGAAAGCAGUAGCUCCUCAAGUAGAUUUGACGCCAGUCAUCAAUCAGGCAGCAGCUCCUCCGAGUCCUGGCAUGUGGAGGCAAAGUUCAAUCUGUUGAGGAAAGGGGCCAUAACUUACUUUGUGCUGGCCAAGUCUUUCUUUGAAAUUAAUAAAUAUGGACACACCCUGAGGCACCUGCGCUAUGCUAUGCAUUGCUACGAGGCUCAGGAGGUUUUGGUGCCUUCUGUUUGUGGGAACAGUCAGCACCAGGAGCUGUAUCUCAUGUUGCUGUUCCUCGCGGCGAAGGCUCGGAGCUCUCUGACUUCUACGUGGGCAACGUGCGCUCGUGAGUUUGAGGAGCUUGGGGAGGAGGAGGCUGCUAUACUGAGCUCAGCCCAGGCCACUCUUCCAGCGCCGAAAAACUCAUGGGUUUAUGACUGGCCCACAAAUCAAGAAUCAAACUGGUCAACUGCUGAGGAGCUGUUUCAACAAAUAGCUAAAUUCUCUGCUUUGGAGACCAAAAAUGCCCAGUUUAAGUUUGAUCUGAAAAAGAACCAUGCCGCUUGUCUUGUUGGACUUGCAAAUACCCAGUUGGAAAUACUCAAAGAAAGGACCCUAAAAAAUUGUGAGAGCUUUGAUAGUGUCAAGAGCAUCUGGGAGAAGGCACUGAACAACUUCAAAAUGGCUGUCCAGAUGUUUGAGAGUGUUGGUGAAAAGAACACUGCUGCUCAUGUGAUCUGUAAUGUGGCCUAUCUUUACAACCUGGCAGCAGGCACUGUGAAGCGGUCAAACCUCAAGGAACCCAUACCUGCAGUGAAGAGGAAGUACUUGGAUAAGUGUAUUGAGUUCAAUGAAAAGGCACUCAACUUACUGGAGAGGGGAGAAAGUAUGGACGACACCCGGGAAAAGAUUUGUCACACUCUGCGACUGGUGUACCAUGAUAUGGCCUGUUGUUUCUCCAAGGGCACUCAUCCUGUCACUGAUCAGCAUUUAAAGAGCAUGAAAGAUUUUUUGUUCAAAUCAUUGUUCUACUGCCAUCCUGAGAACAGUGGAAAAUUUCAAAGGAACAACCAGAUCAUGGCUGCCCGUAAUCACUUGAAUCUGGCCAGGGUGUACGAGGUGGAGAUGGCAAAGUUUAAAAGUGCAACUCGUAAGCGGGCUCUUCUUCAAAAGUGUGAGGAGAGCUACCAGGUGUGCUUUGAUCUGUAUGAGUGCCUUGGUUGGAGCAACUCACAAAUUGCUGUGAAAGAUUUGUGGACUAAAAGUAUUCGUGACAACUGGAGUCACAAAACUUCUGGAGGAAGUCAGAAGAAGCUUUACCGUAGCCUGCUGCUGCAUCUGUGCGACUUACAGUCAGCUGUGGAAAGGCUGGCCCUGGGAGAGGAGGACAGUGAAGACCUCAUCAGCAUAUUCGACUCCUCAACCUCGCCCAUUGGCCAGUUGCUGUCUCGUCUGAAUACAUACCUACCAGCCUAUUUCAAAGUAGACAAAACAAAUACCAGCAUCAAGUCUCUGUACCAGCGCAGCCUUCGUCUUGUCCCUCAGAAAACAGCGAGUGAUUUGCCGUCCCAGCUGUCAGUUGUGCUGCAGGACCUGAGGGAGGCUCUGGCCUCGGAGCCACCCCCUUAAUACUCACUCUGUAGAGGGUAGUAGUUGUCUGGUGGUGUGAGAAAACCCUUCACACUGGUAUGUCUUUACGAUUUAUGUAAGACUUUUUAAUAUCUUACAGCAUUGUCUGAGUAAUUCUGCUUUUUACUACAUCGUCCUGAAAAGAAACAGAUGUUCCCUUUUUAAGAAUAGAAAUUAUUUUUAAAACGAAAUUGUCUUACCGAACAUCCCUUUUAGAAUUUGUUCUGACCUGUUGUGUGGUUCAGACAAUAAUCUUACAGUGUGCAUCAUUUCAGAACUUAUUUCUAGGAAAUGUUUUGUUGAUUUAUAAGAGUUUAUAAAAAAAAAUCGCUUACACUUUUUAGCUUGUGCAAGUCUUUCUUGCUUUCUUCUACACUGGGAAGUUGUUGGCACUAACAGUUUAGUCUCUUUGUGACUUUUGAUGGGUUUUCUUUGGCCUCCUUACAAUUUGUCUUCUCCAAUAUUCUGUGAUGCCUUUGUGCUGUUCAGCUGGCUCCCAUGAUAGGCUGGUCAAUAACAGUUGGAGCUGGUAUAUGUGUUAAUUUAGGUUGGUUUCAUGGUUAUGGAUUCAAAUAAAGUACUGUCAACUACAGGGUGGCUGGCGGGUGUUCUGGUGUGGUUUGCUUCUUUUUUCCUAUCAAACGUCCAUUGUCUUUAUCUCC